AUGAAAUACAGUGAAACUUUGUCAUCAAAAGAAAUAUGUAGAAAAUAUGGAAUGAUUUAUCAUCCAAAUGUGGAGAUGGUAUCACCUGUUCUUCAGGAAUCAAAUAAAGAUGUUUUAGAAACAAAGUUUAUAGAUACUUCAUCCAAAACAAAUCUUCCUCAAGUUAACACUAUGAUUUCUCAAGAAAAGGAAAAGGAAAAAACUGCCUCUCAGAGUCAUUUUUCUCAAGUAGGGCAUAAUUUAAAAUCUUUAUCUGAAACUACUCAUAAAAAUGUCCCCAAAUUGGCUAAAAAGAAACUAAGUACGAUGGAAUCGUUUUUUAAUUUAAGCAUCAAUACAGAGUUGAAAAAUAAUUACUCGUCUCUUUCAAGUCCUACUACUUCAGUUGAAAUUUUAUCAGAAGCUGAAGAGGUGCAUAAUGAACAAAAUAUUAUUAAAAGACAGAAAGAAAUUGAUGAAUUAAAGAAAAUAAUGAUGACUAACCAAGAGGAAAAAGAUGAUGUGCCUGAUUCUUCUAAAGAUAUCUCAAAAGAUGAUAAGUCAUCUGUAGUUAAAAAUGAUCAAAUAGAUCCAAUUAAGAAGAAAAGAGGGCGGCGAAAGGUUUUGAAGAAAGUUACAUGUCGUGAUAAAAAAGGUUAUCUUGUUACAAAAAAUGAAUUCGUAUGGGAAUCAUUCUCUGAAGAUGAAAUAUUUAUUCCGCCAAAAUCAAAACUCGAUGUUGAAGGACCUAAAGAAACUGUAAAAAAUAAGACAAAGUUAAAUGAAACAAAAAUCACUUCGUUUUUUUCGAAGAAGUAA